UUACAAUUUUUGUCUGAUGAUAAAAACCUUCACGUCAGCCCAAUUCCUAAAGUUGCAGUAACCUUAUCAGUCUUCUCCACACUCGUUUCUUAUUUCCGUCGUAACACAAUGGGUGUAUUCCAGAAGGGUGCUGGCCUUGUGCUAUUUUUGGCACAGUUUGCACCUGUCCAGUCUAUGAAGCUUGACAGCAAGGAUGGCAUCUUAGACGCGUCUAAGGGUCUUGCUGGGGAUCUCAUCAGUUUCUACAAGGGCAAUGAGACUGGUCAAACCCCUGGUCUUCUGCCCGAAAGGACUAUGGGAACAGAUGGGUACUAUUGGUACCAGUCGGGGGCGUUCAUGGGUUCUUUUGUGGACUAUUGGCAAUUGACAGGCGACAAGACCUACAACAAGCUUAUUACGGAGGGCAUUCAGUGGCAGGUUGGCAAGGGAAAGGACUUCAUGCCCGCCAACAACACUGCGAGCAUGGGCAACGACGACCAGUCUAUUUGGGCCUCUGCUGCACUGACAGCCGCCGAAUAUGGCUAUCCUGAACCCUCUGAAGGCCAACCUGAAUGGCUUGAUCUUGCCGUUGCAGUCUGGGAAGAGCAACGCGCACGAUGGGACACAGAAGUAGCGCAGAAGACCUGCAAUGGCGGUCUUCGAUGGCAAAUCAUGAUGACCAAUGCUGGUUUCGAUUACAAGUCGACACUUGCCAAUGUUCUUUUCUUCAAUCUUGGCGCUCGUCUCGCUAGACUCACAUCCAACGAGACAUACGCCGACUAUGCCUCAAAGACCUGGGACUGGCUCGAGACCAGUGAGUUAAUCGACAAGGAGACUUGGGCAGUCUAUGAUGGUGCUCAAGCUACAAAGGCGACCAAGAACUGCUCAAAUGUCAACCAGAUCCAGUGGUCUGCCAAUUCGGCAGGACUCACCAUGGGUGCUGCAUUCAUGUACAACUUUACUGAAGGAUCAGAUGAAUGGAGGAAACGUACCGAGAACCUCGCAUCAGCAACCUUGGGGACAUUCUUCAAAAAGAAUGGCGACUUCAAUGAGAUCGCGUGUGCGAAUAGCAAAGGAAAAUGCCCUCGCGACAUCGUCAUGUACAAAGGCUUCACGCACCGAUGGCUUGCCGUGGCCACCCAGGUGGCUCCCUUUACAGCCAGUUCCAUACUCCCUGUCCUUCGAAAAUCGGCCGAGGGCCUGAAGGCAGAGGGAAAUGGCGGUGAUGCUUUGGAACAGAAGUUCUCCAACUUUGUUGUUGUUUCCAACUUGUUGAUCGAUGACUCUUCUGCCCCUGGACAUCAGAAUGAGACCGGCAAGACGGACAAGGCGGAGGACUCUCCCUCUUCGACAUCUACGCCUGCUUCCAAGUCGUCGUCUGCUGAGGCUGAGGGCAACUCUGCCAUCAAGCUCACAGGUUCAAGUAGCUUCCUGGCUUUAUCCGUUCUUAUAAUGGCUUCCCAAUGGAUCUUGUAGAUUCAUAGCUGAGUAGGGUUGGAACUUGACCUGAUUAUUGCUUGAAUGACAUGAGUCAACGUGUAUAGAGAUUUAUGAGAUGAAAGAAACUAUAGAAUACCUUAACGGCAUGUUCAUAUAAUAAUCGCUGACCCGAUUUGGGCGACAUACUUGUAAUUCCAACUGAGAAUGAGACAACAUGACCAACUCGGAGCCAAAUCUAGGUCCCGGUGGAGACCGACGAUAGCUUCCAGGCUUUGGGCCGCAUCGGAGGCUAAGUGGGCCUCUAGAAACUUUCCGAAGGUCCGGUGGAAUAGAGACCGAAGUCUACCGAAGCUUGGGGUUGAUGGUGGAUCAUUGCGCGUUGGACAUCGUCCCAGCAUCAAGUUUACAAUCACGGCGACGCGUAUUCAGUUUUGACAGGUUAUCGAUCAUUAUAUACAAUUGCUAGAACUAUAAACGCCUAGUAAUCAGAUCCAGGUUAUGUACAAAUCGAGGAAAAGUCUUUACUCUGCUCGGUCAAUCGCAGCUGCUUUCCUUGCUAAAAUCCAAUGAUCCCUUGCCA